GAGUACCUGUCUUCUGGAUCUGAUCAGGUCUGGAGUUCUGUAGUUCUGCAGAACCUGGUCAGUGAAAGAAUUGACUGAAAAAAUUCUACCGUCCGCCUUGAUCUCCAGAUCUUUCUCUCUUUCUGCUUUCAUCGGAAGAAACGAAGCAAAAGUACAGAAUUUCCCUGACAGCAGAGUGUUUGUUCAUCUAUGUACUUGAUCGAUAGAGUUGUCGUGAAGGAUUUCAGCCUUAUGCAGAUUUUUUAGGUACUUGUUUUAAUUCCACAGAAAAAUUCCGAUCAGAUUGAAUAGAUAGAAAAAGAGAAUUCUAGGAGAGAUGGCGAUUACCAAGAGUUUCUCGCUGUUCUCCACCGUAAUUUUCCUCUUGCGUAUAACAGUGGAUGCCCAAAAUUAUGGUACAGCAUUGCAGGACAAUUUCUACAACAGUUCUUGCCCAGAUGCAGAAACAGUAAUUCAGAAGGCAGUUUUCGCGGAGGUUGACAAGAACUUGAAGCUAGCUGCAGGGCUCAUUCGCAUGCAAUUCCACGAUUGUUUCGUAGGGGGUUGUGAUGCUUCCGUGCUCCUAGAUGGCAACGAUACUGAAAAGACUGCAUCUGUAAACCAGCACCUCAGAGGUUUUGAAGUUAUAGACGUUGCAAAAGAAGCAGUGGAGGCUGUAUGUCCUGGUGUGGUUUCUUGUGCAGAUAUCAUAGCCUACGCAGCUCGUGAUAGCACAAUCAGGUUGAACGGCACAGGCUGGGCAGUGCAAGGAGGUAGGAAAGAUGGAUGCGUUUCUUUUGCUAAUGCUGCAGAAGAGGAGCUUCCACCCCCAACCUUAAAUGUUUCACAGCUCAUUGACUUGUUCGCUCAAAGAGGUUUAUCCGAGAAGCAGAUGGUCAUCCUCUCAGGAUCUCAUACAGUGGGAGUUGGCCACUGUGACAAAUUCAUCGAGCGGCUGUACAACUUUAGUGAAACUCAUUCAACUGAUCCAUCGCUGAACUCCACUCUAGCUGAGCAGCUGAAGAAGGAAUGUCCACCCAGGAACUUCAACACUACUCUCGAAAUUUUCAUGGACGUGAUUACACCAGGCCAGUUCGACGCGAAGUACUACGUUGGACUUACAAAGCAAGAGGGUCUGUUCACUUCUGACCAAUCACUCUUUGAAGACAGCCGAACUAAUGACAUUGUAAAGUCGCUGAUUGAUGAACGUACCUUUGAGCGCGAAUUCGGCAAAGCCAUGCGUGCAAUGGGAGCGGUAGGAGUCAAAUCUGAAGGUUCAGUCCGACUGAAUUGUCGCAUGAACAACGAGUGAACAAGCUUAACGAAACGGACAAGAAUUUCCGUCCCAGAUCGGAUAUAAACUACGUGGAGUAGCUGAGCUGUAUCAAAAACAAUCUGAACAUUACUGAGAUUCAUGUUCGAA